AUGUCAUCCCCUUCGUCGUGGCCAGUUAUCGUUGUGACAGGCGCUAACAGUGGCGUCGGGUUAGGAAUUUGCCAGCGCUUACUUGUCCAACUGAUAUCCAAAUCUCCAACGGAUGCCCAGCCUCAUCAUGAUUUCCACGUCCAAAAAACGACAACAACCGACGACGUCUCUUUCGAUGGGUUGACUCUAAUUCUUGCUUGUCGUAGUAGACAACGAGGAGAGGCUGCUCGCGACAAAUUGUACCAAUUUGCAGACGAACAAGUUCGUCACCUUGAAAUACUUCCAGGCUACGAUGGACAUGCCGAGACUUUUAGAAAACACCUAACCAUUGUGGUCCAUACCGUAGACUUGUCGCGCAUUCAAACGGUGUUCCGAUUCGCUGACGAAGUCAUCAAAACGUACCCAUAUGUCUCGCAUCUCAUCUGUAAUGCAGGAGUCGCUUCUUUCGUCAGCAUCAAUUGGCUUUUAGCUAUCAAGCAAUUCGCAAUGGACUGUGUGGAGGCCGUGACAGCUCCUAUAUACUAUACGCAAGAAGUUGGACAAGUCAGCCAAGACGGGUUAGGAUGGGUAUGGCAAUGCAACGUCUUUGGACACUAUGUCCUGUUUCGAGCCCUGAAAUCCCACUUAGCAAAAUACCAAACGUCUACUGGCGCCCGUGUGAUUUGGAUGUCAUCUCAUGAAUCAAGCCCAAUUUAUUACGAUCCUACAGACUGGCAGUUGGUCAAAUCUGCACAUUCAUACGAAAGCUCAAAAUUCCAGAUAGAUUUGAUCGCCCAUCAACUGGACCAGGCGUCACUCCAAGGCUCUGAUAAGUUGCCCACGCGACACCUGACAGUACUACCCGGUGUGGCUGGCACAAACAUCGCCAACGCUCUUUUGGGUACUUUCUCAUCAAUGUGCAUGUUCUUGUCUUUCUAUCUCGCUCGUUUUCUUGGAUCUCCAUACCACCUCAUAAGCGCGUUCAAGGCAGCCAUCUCUGCUGUGCAUCUCUCCUUAGUGCCGUUGGCUUUCCUUCCCACAGUUAGCUCGACAGAGUUGGACGAUUCAGACCCUACAGCUACGGUUGAAGUGGGCUUCCGUUAUGUCUCAGAAUGUGACAGAUGGGGCAAAGAGCGUGUUGGUACGAUGAAGCUGAUGCGUUCCAAAGAGCAUAACAAACAGUGCGAUGACCUCUUGGAUCAUUGCGAGCGUCUUUUCACAGCAUUUUGUGAGGCAGAGGGACGUCCAGUACAUUCUUAA